AUGAAGGACGGAAGCACCGUUGUAUUCAAAAGUCGAUAUACUGUGAUUAAAAAGCUCGGAAAAGGAGCGAGUGGGAAAACUUACUUGGUGGAGGACUUCCACGAAUCUCAAAAUUGCACGAAGGUUUUGAAAGCUCUGAAGUGCAUAAAACUUGAUGACAAUUCAGAAGCUGUUCAAAAAGAUUAUGAAAAAGAAGCCCAUCUUCUAUCGAGUCUAAAACACCCUUAUAUACUCUGUAUCCAUGAAAGUUUUGUUGAUAAAAAUAGGUUCUGCAUUGUGUCAGAAUAUUGUGAAGGGGGUGAUCUAACCAAUUACUUAAAACAAGUGAAGAGUAAAGGAGAACGUAUCAGUGAAAAAAUUAUUGGAAAAUGGCUUGUACAAAUUAUAUUGGCCACAGUUUAUAUGCAUAAAAAUAAAAUACUUCACCGUGACUUAAAAACAAGUAAUAUAUUUUUAAAGAAUGGGAAUAUUAAAGUUGGUGAUUUCGGUAUUUCGCGUUCACUGGCCACAACUGAAGAACUGGCAACUACGUUUAUUGGGACUCCUUAUUAUAUGAGUCCGGAAGUUUUGAAGUACGAAGGAUAUAAUAAUAAAUCAGAUAUUUGGUCAAUCGGAAUAAUUCUGUAUGAACUAUGCACCCAAAGAAGAGCAUUCACUGGAACUAAUUUAAUGCGUGUUAUGUGGCAGGUGAUAAAUGAUCCUUGUCCUCAGCUACCAGAAAUUUAUUCAAAAGAAUUACAAGAGGUUUUAGAACUAAUGUUAAAGAAGACUCCCCAAGAACGACCAUCUGCUCCAGAACUUCUUCACUCAAAUGCGGUUCACUCGUACUUACGUGAUUUAUACAAAGAAAUCAUAAUUCACAUGCAAAACGAAUUAUCUGGUGAAAAUCGGAAGGAUGGGAGCGAAUUUAAUCUACUUAUGUCGUUUGAAGAAUUUAUUAGUUUACCUGAUUCAGUUUUGCACAAACAACAGUCAAUUGAAAACGCUGAGAAGUUUUCAAUACAAUUAAAUGAAGAGAUUGAAGAGAAUGUAGAACAUUCAGAAGAUCAGUACUUAACGCCACGUCAAAAAAUCAAAUUAAAUAAAGCAACUGAAUCAGAUAGAACUACUGCAGUCUUAAGAGAUUUAGCAGAACAGCUUACACAUACUCGGAAUAGUUUAAAUUCUACAAUGGAAACACAACUGUUCACCUGGCAGAAAGGAUAUCCAUCAUUGAAUCAUAUAUGGCCUACAAUUCAAAUACCUACAGAGAAACUGCUAAAUGAAUUAAAAAACCUUUAUUUAGAAAAAAUAAACAAUGAAACAAGCUUGAUUGAUGAACUAGAUGAUGAUUUGGAAAAUGAAGGUGAUUUAUUUCGGUCAAAGAAAUCAGAUUUAAACGACAAUAAAAAAUUGCCAGGUAAAGGUCCAGGUGCUGAAGAUGAAAGUCUUGGAACAUUUAAUUUUUUAAAUUCUACAAAACAUAGAAAUGAAGAAAUCGAAGAUUUAACCAACAAUAUGAGUUUUACUGAAAUAAAAAAUUUUUAUCCUUCACCUAGAUUAACUAGUCCAAUUUAUGAUUAUGUCACAAUGGAUGAAUUUAAAAAACAAGUUGAUAUUGAUAAUAACCCUAAUAUUAUUAAAAAGGGUAAUAAUAAUCAAGAAGCUUUGUUUAUACGUCGACAAUUUACGUUUCCAGCAAUGUUAAAUCAAAAUUAUGCACAAUCAGCAAGACAACUGAGUGAUAUUAAUAGUUCCAAAUUGAAAUGUAAUAGUGUAUUUACUGACGAUACCCAACUAAUGGAAACUUAUUACACAAAUUAUGAUAAUGAACUGUUAAAUUAUACAAACAAUUUCAAUAAGGAGGAUUUAAAAGAAUUAAUAGAAAAUGAAAAUAUUCUUCAAAAUGAUCUAGAAGAUAUAGAAAAUCUAGAUAAUGUAGAUUCAACUGAAACAUUAAACGAUGUACUUGUUUGCAUGAAAGCAGCUUUGUGUCACCCUGAAGACAGUAAUACAAUAGUCUUGGAUGAUGAAGCUAAGACCAUAUUUAGUCCAGAGGCUAAAGCCAAACGAAUUGAUGCUUUAAAAAAAUACUGCAUCGACAAACUUGGAGAAAAAGAAUUUCACAAUGCAUAUCACUAUCUUUAUCAAAAACGUAUUUUGGAGAAAAAUCAAUCUGGUGAACUAACAAUACUAAAUGGCUUAAAAUCUUAUUGUUCCGAUGUGACUACCGGGUUUCUACUUGAUCAUUUAUUAUUUCUUGAAAAUGAUGCAGUAAAACAAACAAUAAAUAUUCAAUUAUCUGAAUCUGUUCAUCAAAUCUUAAACGAUGAUUUGUCAUUUUAUGCGUCAAUCGGAAUAAUUCUGUAUGAACUAUGCACCCAAAGAAGAGCAUUCACUGGAACUAAUUUAAUGCGUGUUAUGUGGCAGGUGAUAAAUGAUCCUUGUCCUCAGCUACCAGAAAUUUAUUCAAAAGAAUUACAAGAGGUUUUAGAACUUUUGAUCACCUGGGCAGUUAACUCCGAGUCAACAUCCAAUGGACAAUAUCCAUUAGUGAUGAUCCCCGGAACAGCUGGGUGCCAAGCUUUUGCCGUGCUGAAGAAUGAUCCCAAUCAUAAAGCGCUACCUGUAUGGUUAAAUUUGGAAUUUUUUGCAUUUAUAAAACAUUUUACUGAGUAUUUUAAAUUACAGUAUGAUCCAAAAACUGGUCACAGUUAUGAUGCUGAAGGUGUUGACAUUAUUUUUCCAGGAUGGGGUGAAACAUGGUCAAUUGAGAAUCUAGAUGAAAGACCAAAUAUGUUUUCUGAAUAUUUUGGUUCAUUGGUUAAUGCUCUAAGAAAAGAUCCGUUUUAUGUAUCAAAUUUUACAAUGAGAGGCGCACCAUAUGAUUUUAGAAAAGCCCCAAAUGAAAACGGUGAAUUUUUCAAUAAAUUAAAAGCCUUGAUUGAGGAAACUUAUGAAAAUGCAAAACAAAGACCCGUUGUCCUACUACCACAUAGUAUGGGAUGCUUAUUUGCUCAGUGGUUUUUGAAAAAAUGCGAUAUUCCAUGGAAAAAGAAGUAUAUAAAAUCUCUGGUGUUUUCCAGCUGUCCAUUCGGGGGUUCUGUGAAAACAGUGAAGAUUGAAGCUAGUGGUGAUAACUUUGGGGUAUUUCUGCGUAGUCCAUUAAGUUUUCGACACGUUCAACGUUCUAUGCCAUCUCUUCCUUUCUUAUUUCCUGAUUCUCGCUUAUGGCCAUCAUCGGAGCCACUUAUUAUCACACCUACAACAAACUAUAGCUCAGCUGAUUACGAGCGUUUCUUCAAAGAUAUAAAUUACACUAUUGGCUACCAAAUGUGGAAAGAUACUCACUCCCUUGUUGAUGGAUUGGAAAUGCCUACUGGUAUUGAUGAUAUUUAUUGUAUUCAUGGUUCACGUUUAUCCACUACCGAAAAAAUUUCCUAUUCUGCACCCAGUUAUUUUUAUAGUGGUUUCCCAGAUCAAGUACCCUUAUUAAUUCCUGGUGACGGAGAUGGGACAGUCGGCAUACGAAGCUUAGAAUACUGCAAAAAUUGGCCUGGAAUUAAAUAUUACAUAUUACCUGGAGCGGAGCAUGUUCGUAUUCUUAGUGAUUUCUGAUCAUCAUCUUAUCCCCCAUUAUUCUCCCGGGCUUUUGACGAAAGAUUCUUCAGUGUUGCUGAGAGUAAUGAAAGCGUUGAGUAAGCUAUCUUGUGAAUUUAUUGAGGUCAUUUUGAAUAUGAUUGUGAAUAGAGAUUUAAAAUCUUAUAAAUUCCUGUCAAGCGUUGUUCGUAAGAUACAAACCAUCCAUUCCAUCCACAUCUUUUUGUUUGUAUAUUAUCCAGUAGAACGAGACGCUAAUAAAUUAGAAAUCAUGCGUGCAAACAAAAGUACUGAGACUCUACAAUACUUAAUCUGGCAAAUAUACUGUGUACCGAACAGGUUGUACGACCUGGUUUAGUCAAAAACGUGUAUUCUUAAAUAUGCUGCUAAUUAAAAGUUGUACAUAUUCUUAUCUUCUCAAAAGCAUUACAUUUAAU